AUGGUCGAUGGCAAAAGAUGUUCACUGAACUGUAACAGUCAAAUAGUACUAUAUCAUCUGGAUAACAAGAUAAAUGUGAUAUUUGAAUAUCAUUUCUCUUCAACUAAAGUAAAAUACACAAAUUUUCUUGCCAAUAAUAAAUUUGCAGACAGUUUCCAUUUCGGAGUAGCUACUUUAGCAUACCAAUGUGAGGGCGCAUGGAAUGUGAAAUUUUGGGUUACCAUAAACGAGGCGAAUUUGAUGGCGCACUCUGACCGCAGUACGCAUAUAGCGGCAAUUAAUCAAUCUGGCAUUGCAGAUUAUCUUUGCGGUCAUUACAUGCUAUUAACGCACGCGAAAGUGUAUAAUAUGUAUAAUGAAAAUUUUCAUGACGAUUCGCAAAUUGAUAUUUACGGAUAGAGAAAAAGCCUUCAAUGAUAUAAUAGCUGGCUCACCCAUCCAAUUUUCAGCAAAAGCGGCGACAAUUCGAAACUGAUGAGAAAUCGAAUAGACUUCAAAAAUUACAUAACGUCGACAUUCGACAAAUUAUUAAAAUGGUUGAAUAACGAUUACAUAUUACUCGAUGUUUACAUAAUUGAAAACAGUUUUGCUGAUAUUGGGAAAGCUGCGAAUAACGAAGAAAUAGUGGAUGAAAACAGAAUAAUUUACCUUCGACAGCACAUAUAUUGCGUUAUGAAAGUUAUGCAAAAAGGUGUCAAUAUUCGAUGUUAUUUGAUUUGCUCGUUAAUCGUGAAUUUUUCACGGUAA